AUGGUUCUGCUCAUCAAGCUUCUCUUCGUCCCCGCCACCGUGUUCCUCUCGGCGCUCAUCAUUUUGUCCUACUUCACCAGCGCGCCGUACCUGAGCUACUCCAACCUCCCCUACUACGGGUCCUACUUCUCGCGGAUCCCCAAGUGCGACAUCUCCCAGGGCGAGUGGGUCCCGGACGCGGACACGCCGCCGCACUACACCAACGAAACGUGCUCCUACAUCCAGGAGCACCAGAACUGCAUGAAGUACGGCCGGCCGGACUCAGAGUUCCUGAGGUGGCGGUGGCAGCCGAGCCGGUGCGACCUCCCGCGGUUUGACGCCGACAAGUUCUUCCGGCUCGUCGGGAACAAGACGCUCGCGUUCGUAGGGGACUCACUCGCCAGGAACCACAUGCAGUCCCUACUCUGCCUCUUGUCCAAGGUGGCGUCGCCGACGGAGGUGACGGAGAGGACGGACCCCGUCAAGAUAAUGCACUACGAGCGCUACAACUUCACCCUAAAAAUCAUCUGGUCCCCUUUCCUGGUGAGGACGGAGGAACCGGACAACAACUCUGGCGUGUUCAAGCUCUACCUCGACGAGCCCGACGACAGGUGGUUCUCCGGCGUGGCCGGGUUCGACUACGUGAUCCUCUCGGGGGCCAACUGGUUCACGCGCCAGUCCAUGUUCUACGAGAGGGGGCAGCUCGUCGGCGGCAGCUUCGUCGCGCUCAACAUCACCAGCAACCUCACGCUGCGCUACUCCCACCGGAUGGCGUUCCGGACAGCGCUUCGGGCCAUCAACGAUCACGGCAGCGUGAAGGCGAAAGUCAUCGUGCGGACGCUGUCGCCGAUGUCUCACUUCGAGGGAGGGUCGUGGGACAAGGGCGGGGACUGCCGCCGGACGCAGCCGUACCGGAGCAACGAGACGACGAUGGGUGACCUGGACCUCGACUUCUACACGGGGCAGGUGGAGGAGUUCAGGGAGGCGGAGAAAGCGGCCGCGGUGGCGGGAGUGGACAUGGUGCUCAUGGACACAACGGGCGCCAUGCUGCUGCGGCCGGACGGACACCCGAGCAGAUACGGGCACUGGCCGGAAGAGAAGCGGGUACUCUCCAACGACUGCAUCCACUGGUGUCUGCCCGGGCCGGUCGAUGCCUGGAACGACAUGUUGCUUCAAAUCAUGUCAGACUAGCAAACAUACACAGGUUUGUUACUAGUAUUUGGUUUAGUUCAGCUUCGCCUCAAUACGGAGUGUCCGUGUGAUCCAGUGGACACGGUUAGCCCGAGCACUGGAAUUUUGUUCCUUCAGAAUUUCAGAUCGAUUAGGCAGACGCAUUCUAUAUAGUACGUAGUUUCUUCUUCUGAGGGCAGCAUUCUAUCAUAGUUGCGGUUGUACUGCACCUGUAACUUUGCAAUUGCAAGUUCCUAACCAAA